CAACCGCCAAUAAACACCACAGAAGAUGCAGCAGCAGCAGAAGAAGAAGCAGCAGCAGCAGCGAGCCAGCCUCUUCUCAACAGGCCUUCUUGUGUUAGCAGAAGAGACACUGGGAGAGCAGCAGAGGUGAAACGGGUGCUGACGCGAAGAAAAGCAUUUGGAGGACAUUAACUUUCACCAAUAAGCCGGUGAAAUGAGUUCUUCAGAAGAGUUGAAACAGACAGACAAGGACAGCAGCAGACCUCAUCAGUGUCAGAAGUGUGGGAAAUCUUUCAGUCGGAUUUGCAGUCUAAGAAGACAUGAACUCACUCAUACUGCAGAGAAAUUGUACCACUGUGAACAAUGUGGUAGCAGUUUUAGCCAACAAACUACAUACAAGCUACACCUGCACACCCACGCUGAAGAAACACCCUACUGCUGUGACCAGUGUGGGAGGCAUUUCAGCAACAAGAGUUCAUACAAAAAACACCUGCGUGACCACGUUGGACCAUACCAGUGUGAUCAAUGUGAAAAGACUUUCAGUUACUUAAGUAUUUACAAGAUACACAUGCGUGUCCACACUAAAGAAAAGCCGUACUGCUGUGAUCAGUGUCCGAAAAGUUUUAGUUUUUUAAGUUCAUACAAGCGACACCAGCUUAGCCAUAGUGGAGAGAAACCGUACCAGUGUGACUUUUGUGAAAAGAGUUUCACUCAGUCAGGGCAUUUCAGUCUUCAUCUCCGGAACCAUACUGGAGAGAAACCAUAUGAGUGUGGCCAAUGUGAAAAGAGUUUCAGUGACUUAAGUAGUUACAAGAUACACCUGCGUGUCCACUCAGGAGAGAAACCAUACUGCUGUAGCCAGUGUGGGAGGAGUUUCUCUCAGUUAGGUAAUUACAAAUCUCAUCUGCGCAUCCACACCGGAGAAAAACCCUUCCGCUGUGAACUAUGUGAUAAAAGCUUCUCUAUUUCAAAAACGUACAAACAACACGUGCGUACCCACACUGGAGAAAAACCGUACCAGUGUAAAGAAUGUGGGAAAGGUUUUGGUCGACUAAGUAACUACAUGCGUCACCUUCGUAUCCACACUGGAGAGCAACCGUACAGCUGUGACCAAUGCGGGAAAUCUUUCAAUAGUUCGUAUAGUUACAGCCGACAUUUGCGUGUCCACACUGGAGAGAAACCAUACUGGUGUUCACACUGUAAGAGACUGUUCACUCGAUCACAGUCCUUGAAGAAACACCGCUGUGUUGCAAUAGAUGAAGACAGUUUGAUUGUGUGUAACAAAGAAGGAGAACUGAGCUGCUCAUCAACAGAACCAACAAAUGACAACCAACGACAACUAACAACAUAAACUACAGUGUGUGUGUGUGUUCAUGGUAAUGAAGAAACAUGUCACCCAGUGCAACAGUGGCUUUUUUAGGUGUUUGUAAUAGUUUUUGGACAACAGUGGAGCUCUAUGGCACAGAGAAAAAUAUAUCAGGAUGUGGAUAAACAUACAAUAAUUGUUAGUGGGAUACGUUCAUUGUUGGUUUUGGUCCUUUCAUGGGAUUUUUUGACAUAGAGUAAAAAUAUAGAAUAUAUCACCAGACUUAUCCGUUAACCUCUUCUUUACUCUGACUGGUAUUAACGGACCUGAAAAACAAAUAAAUAAACUUUAUUUGUAAAAAGAAAUGCAGCCCAAAGAGCUUUCAAAUGAAACAGUGUGAGCUUUUUAAGAAAUUUCCAAAUUGAUGACUUUAUCAACGACAUGGUGAAUGACACUGUUACAAAGUGAGUUGAGUCAUUUUAUCUUGUUUGUUCUUUGUAAAAAUCUGUUUUUUACCAUUAAUCAUGUUAAAGUUUGCUAGCUAGCUAGCUCGCUAUUGUCAAUCUGACGGCUCAUGUUAACAUUUGUUAGCAAAAUGAGAAAUUAAUAUUAACUAAACUAAACGUGCGGUGGAGAGUUACUCGGAAAGCGGCUGCUAACUCUCCCAGUCGGGUGAACUGUGGACUCAGUUGUCUGUUGUAAUCAUACACUGCAGCUGGUGCACCGUUGCAUGAAACGCACUAAUCUUGUCGGUUAACGGUUAAUAAUCGGUUAACAAGGGUCGGUUAUCGGUUAAAACAAACUUUCAGAAUUAGCAUAUCUAAUCUGCUGUCAACAGCUGCCAUCCCAAUUUAUCAGUGUUCAGAAGUUUGCUUUAGUUGCUCACAGCAUUGGAAAAAAAAAACGAAUUAUGUGUCAGACCUCACUGUGGGCUGAGGAUAGUUUUCCUUGUAAGAACUGUUGACAGCAAGACCUGUGGAUGAUCCUGCAGUGUCUCUGUCCAACCCUCUGCAUGUGUGAUCUGUUAACCCUGUAUGCUUUUUGAUAGUAAUCUGUAUGAAUGUAAUGGUUUUAAUAAGGAUUGCAAUUCAAUUCACAACUGACAUUUGAAACAAAGUGUGGAGGGUGGUUAGAGAUUCACAGCUGGAUUGAUGUCCAUCAGAGACUUGUGUCAUUUCCAGUUUGUAAGUGGUCAAUAACCUGAAAAUCACAUAUGCUAACAAUUAAAACAGAACACUAUUAAUGAUUGUAAUGUAUAUUGUGUAUAUUAUAUUAUGAAUAUGUAGUAUUGGUCUGUGAUACCAUGGAGGAUCAAGUCACUAAUAAAUGGAAUAUAUGAAUACAUGCUGAAAUAUAUUAAUUAAUGAAGUCUGAAAUAAAGGGUUGAAGUGAA